AUGACACUAGAAGAGCGCAAACGUAUUGUAUUAGAAAAAGGAGCUUGUUUUAAGUGUUUAAAGGCAGGGCAUAUGUCUAAAAAAUGUCGGUCUCGCUUGAAAUGUAUUGUUUGCGGAUAUUCGCAUGUACCACUGAUGUGUUUAGGUUUAGCUGAAAAGAAAACAUCUCCACAGCAAAAGGAGAAUUCGAGCGAGCAAGAUAAUGUUAAAAGGGAUCAGGCGAUGUCCAAUCAAACAAGUUCCUACGUGUUUCUAAAAACUGCAAAUUUUAAGGUUAAAGGUCAAUCAGGCAUGGUAAGUGUGAGAGCGCUUAUUGACACAGGUUCACAGCGCUCGUACAUUUUGAAGUCCACUGUAUCGUCACUCAGUCUCAAACCCAAGAGAGCAGAAAAAAUUGUACAUUGCCUUUUUAGAGGAACGGAGAUGGAACAAGUGCAUUAUUGUUAUGAUGUUACAAUUUCCAAAGGGGACUACAGGAAAACGUUUGAAGUUCUAGAUCAGGCUCAGAUUUGUAAUGAGGUUUCACCAGUAUUUUAUGGACCUUGGAUACAAGAACUAAAUGUACUUAACGUGGAAGUUUCCGAUUACAAAAGUCAGGGUCCAAUUGAGAUGUUGUUGGGAGCAGAUGUAAUUGGGUCUUUGUACACGGGGAAAAUACAUCUGUUAAAAUGUGGACUGGUGGCAAAUGAAAUUUAUGUUGGUUGGACUGUCGAAGGUAAAGUUCCUACACUGAAUUCGACAACUAUGACUGUAAUAUCGAUGUUUGCGAACCCUUCAAUAACAGAACUGUGGCGACUUGAUGUGUUAGGGAUAGAAGAACCUACAGAGAGAAAAACGAAAAUUGAAAAAGCCCUAGCAGCAAAAGAGUUGUUUUGUGAGACAGUAAUAGUGAAUGGAGAGGGUAAAUAUGAGGUCAGGUUGCCUUAG